AUGCAAGAAGCAGAUACUUCCUCGGCGACUCUUCCUCGCGAAGCUUCCGUCCCUGCCGGAGGAGGAAUAGAGCAGGAGACGGGGAGCACGGAGAUGGAUAGUCUGCUACUGCUGCUCUCAUGCGAAGAGAAGCAGCGGGGCGAGGUCGGCGGCACGAGCAGGCCCAGUGGCGCCGGCGGGGUCCGCCAGUUCAAGUGCAAGACCUGCAGCCGCCGGUUUCCGACGUUCCAGGCGCUCGGAGGCCACCGGACGAGCCACACAAGGCCGAGGGGGCGUGGAGACGGGUGCAACCCGGUGCAGAAGAUGAGGCCGAAGCUUCACUCCUGCCCCGUGUGCGGCUUGGUGUUUCCGAUGGGCCAGGCUCUCGGCGGCCACAUGCGGCGGCAUAAGACGGCGGCGCCGGACGCGCAUGCCGCGAGGGAAGGUGGUGCGAGGGAGCUUCGGUGGCUGGACUUGAACUUGCCGCCGCUGGAGAACGAAUUGCAGCUCCAAAGCCUUGGAUUCCGAUACACGGCAGAAGGAUCUGCAACGCGAGAUUCCUCCAGUUAUUCAUCGCAUAGUGCAUGA